AGAAAACCCUGCGGUUUCCUCAUCCAGCUGUUGCUGAGAGCUGCUUCUUCCUUCAGCCUGGAAACAUCUGGAGAAAUAAAGCUGGAAUCAUGUGCUUUAAUGUGUCUGAACACACUGGGCUUUAGAGGACCUGAAAAGAGGGGUUUUCUCGCUGAUGAAGAUGAACUUUGGGACAGUUGUGAUCUCUGCGGGUCUGUGUGGGCUGCUCAGCUUCAUCCUGCUCGCCGUGUCCAUCGGCACUGAAUACUGGUACAUUAUAGAUGUGGAUGAAGGGAAGAACUCCAGCCUGGAGUACAGCAGCUCUCACUCCGGACUCUGGAGGAUACAUGAAGGACAGAAUGGCAGUUACCACGACAUCUCGUUCUACACGGACACCUCCGACCACACCGAGCAGGAGAAGCACCUUUUGAAGUUGCACAGGGUCAUCGUGGUCCUGCUGCCUCUCAGUCUGGUGCUGCUGGUCUUUGGUGGGAUCUUCGGUCUGGUGGCGUCUUUGGCUCAGAGCUGCACUCUUCUCACCUGCAUUGCUGCAUACUUCCUCAUCUGCAGUCUGUUGACGGUGUCCGGUGUAAGCAUCUAUAUCAGUUACUCUCAGCAGGCUUUGGAGGAGCUGCAGCACAUGGUGGAUAUUGAGUCACUUUCUCACGUCCACAUGUCCUUCGGCUGGUCUCUGGUCAUGGCCUGUCUGUCCUUCUCCCUGGAGCUGCUGACGGGGAUCCUGCUCAUGCUAGCGGCCCGUCUCAUCCACCGUCAGUGCCACCACGAGCCUGCCGCAGUGCUCUCCAUGAGCCAGAGCUCACCACAGCUUCUGAGACUGCAGUAA